AUUGAGACUAACAGUUCAGCAUAAAGGCCACGCUGUUGAGAUGGGCAAUGCAGCCAUUGUUUUCCAGAUCUCCAUAGCAAAACCCAGUGCAUUCUAUUGAAUCUUUUUCUAUAUAUUGUGUCACCAUCAGCAGUUAGACUAUAGUAGGAACCGCUCCAUUCUAGUAUGGGUUAAAUUAUGCUCUGUGCUGAUCUAGUGGUGAUGUAUAAAUUGCAGCCUUGUCUUUUUUUUUUUUUUUUCUUUCCGGGGGAUUCUAAAAUAGGUUUUCAGAAUUAGUGCUAGAUUUUUGCUCCUGCAUAUGUGGUGACUCUUGAUUUUUUUUUUUUCCCCACCCUCUGGAGCAGCAUCCUUUGCAGCAUUCCCCCUUCUGAGGAAUCACUUAGGCACUUCCAGCUGGUGGCAGGGGGUACAGUCAUCAUACAGUUUCCUCUGUCUCAGCUGUCUUUUUUUUUUUGCACAACGGUUCAAUGCAUUACGAUGGCUGCACUGUCCUGUGAAGGCUCAGGUAGAGGAAGGUGGAGGAUGAAGUCUGGAGACCAUCCGUUGGGUUUGUAAAAAGCUUCGGCUUCCACAGCAUCUCUGCAUUUUGAAUGACUUCCUGCUUCUAGUCAGAGGUUUCUCUUCAGUGAUUGGAAUGUUGCUGUGAACCUAAUAGAGGUGCCUGAGGAUAUCACCUUGUGGAAGGGAGCCCUGUGUGCUUGAGAGGAUCUUUUUCAAUGCAUUAUGGCUCAUGCAGCCUCACAAUUAAAGAAAAACAGGGAUCUAGAAAUCAAUGCUGAAGAAGAGACAGAGAAAAAAAGGAAGCAUCGCAAACGGUCCCGGGAUCGGAAGAAAAAGUCUGAUGCCAAUGCAAGUUACUUAAGAGCAGCUCGAGCUGGGCACCUAGAAAAAGCCCUCGACUACAUAAAAAAUGGAGUUGACAUCAAUAUUUGCAAUCAGAAUGGAUUGAACGCUCUCCAUCUUGCAUCCAAAGAAGGCCACGUAGAAGUUGUUUCUGAACUGCUACAGAGAGAAGCCAAUGUAGACGCAGCCACAAAGAAAGGAAACACAGCAUUGCACAUAGCAUCUUUGGCCGGGCAAGCAGAAGUGGUAAAGGUAUUAGUUACAAAUGGAGCCAAUGUCAAUGCACAGUCUCAGAAUGGUUUCACACCAUUGUACAUGGCAGCCCAGGAAAACCACCUGGAAGUUGUUAAGUUUCUUCUUGACAAUGGUGCAAGCCAGAGUCUAGCCACAGAGGAUGGCUUCACCCCACUGGCAGUAGCUCUACAACAAGGCCAUGAUCAAGUCGUCUCGCUCCUGCUAGAAAAUGACACAAAAGGGAAAGUGCGCCUGCCAGCUCUCCACAUCGCCGCCCGGAAAGAUGACACCAAAGCUGCCGCCCUGUUGCUGCAGAAUGACAACAACGCGGACGUGGAAUCGAAGAGUGGUUUCACUCCUCUCCACAUAGCUGCCCACUAUGGAAAUAUCAACGUAGCAACGUUGCUGUUAAACCGAGCAGCAGCUGUGGACUUCACUGCAAGGAAUGACAUCACUCCUUUACACGUUGCAUCAAAAAGAGGAAAUGCCAAUAUGGUAAAACUCUUGCUUGAUCGAGGAGCUAGAAUUGAUGCCAAAACAAGGGACGGUCUGACCCCGCUGCAUUGUGGGGCAAGGAGUGGCCAUGAGCAAGUGGUGGAGAUGCUACUUGAUCGAGCAGCCCCCAUUCUUUCAAAAACCAAGAAUGGAUUGUCACCAUUGCACAUGGCCACCCAAGGGGAUCAUUUAAACUGCGUCCAACUUCUCCUCCAGCAUAACGUACCUGUGGACGACGUCACCAACGACUACCUGACCGCCCUGCAUGUGGCUGCACACUGUGGGCAUUACAAAGUGGCCAAGGUUCUCUUGGACAAGAAAGCUAACCCCAACGCCAAAGCCCUGAAUGGCUUUACUCCCCUUCAUAUCGCCUGCAAGAAGAAUCGACUCAAAGUCAUGGAGCUCCUCCUGAAACAUGGCGCGUCCAUCCAAGCUGUAACUGAGUCCGGCCUUACCCCAAUCCAUGUUGCUGCCUUCAUGGGGCAUGUAAAUAUUGUAUCACAAUUAAUGCAUCAUGGAGCGUCACCAAAUACCACCAAUGUGAGAGGAGAAACGGCACUGCACAUGGCAGCUCGGUCUGGCCAAGCUGAAGUCGUGCGGUAUCUGGUACAAGAUGGAGCUCAGGUGGAAGCUAAAGCUAAGGAUGAUCAGACUCCACUCCACAUUUCUGCCCGGUUGGGGAAGGCUGAUAUAGUCCAGCAACUGUUGCAGCAAGGAGCAUCUCCUAAUUCAGCGACAACUUCUGGGUAUACCCCACUCCAUCUCUCUGCCCGAGAAGGCCACGAGGACGUGGCCUCCUUCCUUUUGGAUCAUGGUGCAUCAUUAUCUAUAACAACAAAGAAAGGAUUCACACCCCUUCAUGUGGCAGCAAAAUAUGGGAAACUGGAAGUAGCCAACCUCCUGCUACAGAAAAGUGCAUCUCCAGAUGCCUCUGGGAAGAGCGGACUAACUCCACUGCAUGUAGCUGCACAUUAUGAUAAUCAGAAAGUGGCUCUUCUGCUUUUGGACCAAGGAGCCUCACCUCAUGCGGCUGCAAAGGUACUUAUCCUUCAAGAACGUCAGGAGCGUAAUGGGCAGUGUCCACUAGCCUCUCUGUAUCUCUCUUAUUUGCCGCCAUUUUUAAUUCAUACAUGUCCCCAACUUGACAGCCCAGAAGAGUUAGGGAAAAAGCGUAUCUGCAGAAUCAUCACGAAGGAUUUUCCCCAGUAUUUUGCAGUGGUUUCACGAAUUAAGCAAGAGAGCAACCAGAUCGGACCUGAAGGUGGAAUUCUGAGAAGCACCACGGUACCUCUCGUUCAGGCUUCUUUCCCAGAGGGCGCUUUAACCAAAAGAAUCCGAGUGGGCCUCCAGGCACAACCUGUUCCAGAUGAAAUUGUGAAAAAGAUCCUUGGAAAUAAAGCAACUUUCAGCCCAAUUGUCACUGUGGAACCAAGGAGAAGGAAAUUCCAUAAACCAAUCACAAUGACCAUUCCUGUACCCCCGCCCUCAGGAGAAGGUGUAGCCAAUGGGUACAAGGGAGAUACCACACCCAAUCUACGCCUUCUCUGUAGCAUUACAGGGGGGACCUCACCUGCUCAGUGGGAAGACAUCACAGGAACUACUCCUUUGACGUUCAUCAAAGAUUGUGUCUCUUUUACAACCAAUGUUUCAGCAAGAUUUUGGCUUGCAGACUGCCAUCAAGUUUUGGAAACAGUGGGGUCAGCCACACAGCUUUACAGAGAAUUAAUAUGUGUCCCAUAUAUGGCCAAGUUUGUUGUUUUUGCCAAAAUGAAUGAUCCUGUAGAAUCUUCCCUGCGAUGUUUCUGCAUGACUGAUGACAAAGUGGACAAAACGUUAGAGCAGCAAGAGAAUUUUGAAGAGGUGGCCAGAAGCAAAGACAUUGAGGUCCUGGAAGGAAAGCCUAUUCAUGUGGAUUGUUACGGAAACUUGGCCCCGCUUACCAAAGGAGGACAGCAACUUGUUUUUAACUUUUAUGCUUUCAAAGAGAACAGACUGCCAUUUUCCAUCAAGAUUAGAGAUACCAGCCAAGAGCCUUGUGGCCGUCUGUCUUUUCUGAAAGAACCAAAGACAACAAAAGGACUGCCUCAAACAGCUGUUUGUAACUUAAAUAUCACCCUGCCAGCACAUAAAAAGGAGACAGAGUCAGAUCAAGAUGACGAGACCGAGAAAGCAGAUAGACGACAGAACUUUGCAUCUUUAGCUUUACGUAAGCGCUACAGCUACUUGACUGAGCCUGGAAUGAUUGAACGGAGUGCAGGAGCAACAAGAUCCCUCCCUACCACUUAUUCAUACAAACCAUUCUUUUCUACAAGACCAUACCAAUCCUGGACAACAGCUCCAAUCACAGUGCCGGGACUAGUCAAGUCCGGGCUCACUUCUUUAUCAAGUUCCUCCUCUAAUACACCGUCUGCUUCUCCGCUAAAAUCAAUAUGGUCUGUUUCGACUCCUUCUCCGAUCAAAUCCACUUUAGGCGCAUCAACUACAUCUUCAGUUAAAUCCGUCAGUGAUGUAGCAUCUCCGAUCAGAUCCUUUCGGACAGUUUCUUCACCAAUAAAAACAGUGGUGUCACAAUCUCCAUACAAUCUCCAGGUUUCCUCUGGUACCCUGGGUAGAGCUCCCACACUCACUGAGGCAUCUUCACCUUUGAAAGGGCUGGCAUCCAACUCUUCAUUUUCCACUCGAACCUCUCCUGUGGGGACAGCAGGGUCUCUUUUGGAGAGGUCUUCAAUUACUAUGACACCCCCCGCCUCCCCCAAGUCCAACAUUAAUAUGUAUUCCUCGAGUUGGCCCUUUAAAUCGAUUAUCACGUCAGCAGCACCCUUAACCUCCUCACCCUUAAAAUCAGUGGUAUCUCCAGCUAAGCCUGCAGUCGACGUCAUCUCUUCAGCAAAAGUCUCGAUGACCUCUUCUCUCUCGUCGCCUGGGAAACAGAUACCUGGACAUUCAGAGGUACCAUUAGUCAACGGAUCUAUUUCCCCUCUGAAAUAUCCAUCCUCUUCAACGUUAAUUAAUGGAUGCAAAGCCACUGCCACAUUCCAGGAAAAAAUCUCUGCAGCUACAAACUCUGUGAGCUCAGUGGUUAGUGCGGCCACUGACACCGUUGAGAAAGUGUUUUCUACCACGACAGCAAUGCCAUUUUCCCCGCUCAGGUCAUACGUGUCUUCAGCCCCAUCAGCUUUUCAGUCUCUAAGAACUCCUUCCGCAAGUACUCUCUACACGUCCCUUGGGUCAUCGAUAUCUGCAACUACCUCAUCUGUAACUUCAUCGAUAAUAACAGUGCCGGUCUACUCUGUAGUCAAUGUUUUGCCAGAACCCGCAUUAAAGAAACUCCCAGACUCUAAUUCACUUACAAAAUCAGCAGCAGCCUUGCUCUCACCCGUGAAAACAUUAACUACAGAGACGACGCGUCCCCAGCCCCAUUUUAGUCGAACUUCAUCCCCUGUUAAGUCAUCUCUGUUCCUUGCACCCUCUGCCCUUAAAUUGUCUGCGCCAUCUUUGUCAUCCAGUCAGGAGAUUUUAAAAGAUGUGGCUGAAAUGAAGGAGGACCUCAUGCGGAUGACGGCGAUCCUACAAACGGAUGUGCCUGAGGAGAAGCCCUUCCAGCCCGAACUCCCCAAAGAGGGAAAAAUCGAUGACGAAGAACCUUUCAGAAUCGUUGAGAAAGUCAAGGAAGACUUAGUGAAAGUUAGUGAGAUCCUUAAAAAAGAUGUAUGUGUGGAUAAUAAAGCACCUCCCAAAUCACCAAAGAGUGACAAAGGACACUCUCCUGAAGAUGACUGGAUAGAAUUUAGUUCUGAAGAAAUCAGAGAAGCAAGACAGCAAGCUGCUCCAAGUUACCCUCCAUCGCUGCCGGAGAGAGUGCAAGUAAAAGCAAAAGCUGCCUCUGAAAAGGAUUAUAACUUGACCAAGGUUAUUGACUACCUGACAAAUGAUAUUGGAAGUAGUUCUCUGACAAACUUAAAGUACAAGUUUGAGGACGCAAAAAAGGAUGGUGAAGAAAGGCAGAAAAGAAUUCUGAAACCAGCAAUGGCUUUGCAGGAGCACAAACUCAAAAUGCCUCCAGCCUCCAUGAGGCCUUCCACCUCUGAGAAAGAGUUGUGUAAAAUGGCUGACUCCUUUUUUGGUACAGAUACUAUUUUAGAGUCUCCAGAUGACUUUUCUCAACAUGACCAAGAUAAAAGUCCCUUGUCGGACAGUGGCUUUGAAACAAGAAGUGAAAAGACACCAUCAGCCCCACAGAGUGCUGAGAGCGCUGGUCCUAAGCCACUGUUUCAUGAAGUCCCCAUUCCUCCUGUCAUUACUGAAACAAGAACUGAAGUGGUUCAUGUUAUCAGGAGCUAUGAGCCCUCAGCUGCAGAGGCUCCCCAGUCCCAACCAGAGGUACCUGUGUCACCCAAACCUUCGCCUCCAUUUAUGGAACUGGAACCCAAGCCUACCACGUCUAGUAUCAAAGACAAAGUCAAAGCAUUUCAGUUGAAAGCCAGUGGUGAAGAAGAUGACCACAACAGAGUUUUGAGCAAAGGUAUGCGUGUUAAAGAAGAGACUCACAUCACCACAACUACCAGGAUGGUUUAUCAUUCUCCACCAGGCAGUGAAGCAGCCUCUGAAAGAAUUGAAGAAACCAUGUCAGUUCAUGACAUCAUGAAGGCCUUUCAGUCUGGGCGGGACCCAUCCAAAGAACUGGCGGGUCUGUUUGAACAUAAGUCAACAGUGUCUCCAGAUGUUCACAAACCUGCUCCCGAAGCUUCAGCCCAGCACACAGAGAAGGACAGCCAAAUGAAACCCAAACUGGAGCGUAUAAUAGAAGUCCACAUCGAAAAAGGUAACCAAGCUGAGCCCACUGAAGUCAUUAUUAGAGAAACCAAAAAUCAUCCCGACAAGGAAAUGUAUGUGUAUCAGAAAGACUUAUCCCGGGGAGAUGUUAAUCUAAAAGAGUUUCUGCCAGAAAAGCACGCUGCUUUUCCGUGUUCAGAGGAACAGGGUCAACAAGAAGAAGAAGAACUCACUGCUGAGGAGUCGUUGCCUUCUUAUCUGGAGUCUUCCAGAGUGGAUACUCCAGUGUCCCAAGAAGAAGACAGUCGCCCUAGUUCUGCUCAGCUCCUCUCUGAUGACUCUUACAAAACACUGAAGCUUCUGAGUCAACACUCAAUAGAAUACCAUGACGAUGAGUUGUCAGAACUCAGAGGGGAGUCUUACAGGUUUGCUGAGAAAAUGCUUCUGUCAGAAAAGCUAGAUGUGUCUCAUUCUGAUACUGAGGAAUCGGUUACAGACCAUGCAGGACCCCCUAGCUCAGAGUCACAGGGGACUGAUAGGCGGUCCAGAGAAAAAGUAGUCACUGCCCCCCCCAAAGAAAUUCUCUCCAAAAUCUAUAAAGAUGUGUCCGAAAAUGGUGUAGGGAAAGUGUCUAAAGAUGAGCGUUUUGAUAAAGUGACAGUGUUGCACUACUCUGGCGAUGUUGGUAGUCCGAAACAUGCCAUGUGGAUGCGCUUUACUGAGGACAGAUUAGACAGAGGUAGAGAGAAGUUGAUAUACGAAGAUAGGGUGGACAGGACUGUGAAGGAAGCUGAAGAAAAACUGACGGAAGUGUCACAGUUUUUUCGUGACAAAACAGAAAAGUUAAAUGAUGAACUGCAGUCCCCCGAGAAAAAGUCACGCCCUAGAAAUGGCAAAGAACACUCUUCACAAAGCUCUACCAGUAGCAGCCCCGAGAAAGUACUGCUAACAGAGCUCUUGGCAUCCAAUGAUGAGUGGGUUAAGGCAAGGCAACAUGGUCAAGAAGGACAAGGCUUCCGGUCGGACAAAACUGAGGAGAGGAAAGCAUCCAGUCUUCCCAGCAGCCCUGAGAAGAGGGUUCUUGCCCAGCAGGCUGAGGACAGCACGUCCGCGGAAGAAGGCAAAGGAAGUAUUUCACAGAGCAGAGCAUCAGAAGGGACCCAGUCUGGAUUUCAGCUCAAACAGUCUAAACUCAGUUCCAUUAGAUUAAAAUUCGAGCAAGGCACACAGGCGAAAAAUAAGGACAUGUCUCAAGAAGACAGGAAGCCAGAUGGCCAAUCCAGAAUCCCAGUUAAAAAAAUGCAAGAGAGCAGGCUACCUGUCUACCAAGUUUUGGCUAGAGAAAAACAACAGAAGGCCAUAGACCUCUCAGAUGAAAGCGCAUCUGUGCAAAAAGAUCUUGUGGUACUAAGAGCUAAAGAUGAGUGUUCCCAAAGUAACGAGUUGGCUGUAAAUGAUUCUGGUACUGAUGAUGUAAUGAAACAGAGAACUGAAAUGUCAAGUCAAGCAAAGCCUGGCUAUUUUUCUGAGCAACAGGCUAAAGACUCGGCAUGUCAUGUAACUCCAGAUUUAGCAACCGAGGAACCAUGGGACAGAAAGGUCUUUAGAACAUGGGAAAGUUCUGGAGCUACUAACAAUAAGUUGCAGAAAGAAAAGCUUUCUCAUGUACUUGUUCAUGAUGUAAGAGAGAAUCCUGUGAGUCACCCUGAGAGUAAAAUUGUUGAUCAGAGGAAUGGAUUUAUGUCUGUGACUGAGCGAGAACAUAAAUUGUUAACGAAUGGCUCUCUCUCAGAUGUUAAGGAAAUGACUGUAAAAUCUCCCUCUAAAAAAGUUUUAUAUAGGGAAUAUGUUGUCACAGAAGGGGGACGUUUAGGUGGCUCUCUUGAUCAACCUCCUAGGAGGAGUGACAGCACUACAGUGUCACACAUCCCAGUCAGAGUUGCCGAGGAAAGAAGAGUGCUGUCUUCCUCUAAUAGUUCUGAAGUUUUCUAUGAGCAGGUGGCAUUUCCCAAGCACGAACUGUCACAAAAGCCAUCCCUGCCAAGCAUGAGUAAAGAGACAGUUGAGACACGGCACUGUAAUUCCUUAGAAGAUGAAAAAGUUACCUAUUCAGAAAUCAGCAAAGUUUCCAAACGUCAGAGUUAUGUAGGUUUAUGCCCUCCUCUCGAGGAAACCGAAACCUCUCCCACCAAAUCUCCCGAUUCUUUAGAAUUGAGCCCAGGAAAGGAAUCUCCCUCUAGUGAUGUGUUCGAUCACAGUCCCGCUGAUGGACUGGACAAAGCUGCACCACUAGCCCAGGCAGAGGGAGGGAAAGAGAUAAAAACAUUACCUGUGUAUGUCAGUUUUGUCCAGGUGGGGAAGCAGUAUGAAAAAGAGAUACAACAAGGAGGUGUAAAAAAGAUCAUAAGUCAGGAAUGUAAGACAGUACAAGAGACCAGGGGGGCUUUUUAUACGACUAGACAGCCAAAGCAACCUCCUUCCCCCCAAGGUAGCCCAGAAGAUGAUACUCUAGAGCAAGUGUCCUUUCUAGAUAGCUCUGGGAAAAGCCCUCUCACCCCAGAAACACCCAGUUCAGAGGAAGUGAGUUACGAAUUUACGUCUAAGACACCAGACUCACUCAUAGCUUAUAUACCAGGCAAACCCAGCCCAAUUCCAGAGGCCUCUGAGGAGUCAGAGGAAGAGGAGCAGGCCAGGUCAGCAUCCUUAAGGCAGACUACUGUGGAGGAAACAAUGGUCACGCGAGAAAUGUCUAACAGUGUGAGCAAAGACUCUAACCAAAGACCCAAAAACAACAGAGUCGCCUAUAUUGAAUUCCCCCCUCCUCCACCACUGGAUGCGGACCCGAUGGAGUCAGAUAAGAUGCAUCACUAUCUCCCAGAAAGAGAGGUUGGCAUGAUUGAAGUCAGUCUACAAGAUGAGCAUGACAAGUACCAGUUGGCUGAACCCGUCAUCCGAGUGCAGCCACCUUCACCCGUUCCUCCUGGGGCCGACACCAGUGACUCAAGUGACGAUGAAUCUAUUUAUCAGCCUGUCCCAGUGAAAAAAUACACCUUCAAGUUAAAGGAAGUAGACAACGAACAAAAAGAAAUUGCAAAAUCGAAAGCUUCUACAGAAAAGGUUUCCAGUCAGAAAGAAUUGGAAAUAAACGGAGCUGGGAAAGAUCAAGAGCUUGGCCUUGGCCUUGAUUCACCUCAGAAUGAAACUGCCCAGAAUGGGAACAAUGACCAGUCCAUCACCGAGUGUUCCAUUGCUACCACCGCAGAAUUUUCUCAUGAUACGGAUGCCACAGAGAUCGACUCUCUGGAUGGCUAUGACCUACAAGAUGAAGAUGAUGGCUUGACAGAGAGUGAUUCUAAACUCCCUAGUCAAAGCAUGGAAAUGAAGAAAGAUAGCUGGACAGAGGGUAUUCUGAAGCCAGCUGAUCGUUCCUUUAGCCAAAGCAAACUUGAAGUUAUUGAAGAGGAAGGAAGGGCGGUCCCCGAUGAAGAUAAGCCAUCUUCUAAAAGUUCUUCAUCUGAAAGGACUCCUGAUAAGACUGAUCAGAAAUCAGGGACCCAGUUUUUCACAUUAGAAGGCAGACAUCCUGACAGAUCAGUGUUUCCAGAUACCUACUUCAGUUACAAAGUAGAUGAAGAAUUUGCCACUCCAUUUAAAACAGUAGCUACCAAAGGCCUAGACUUUGACCCUUGGUCCAGUAGCCGAGGGGAUGAUGAAGUUUUUGACAGUAAAUCACGGGAAGACGAAACAAAACCCUUUGGUCUGGCAGUGGAAGACCACUCUCCAGCUACCACCCCUGAUACAACACCAGCCAGAACACCAACUGAUGAAAGUACCCCAACUAGUGAGCCUAACCCCUUCCCAUUUCAUGAAGGAAAAAUGUUUGAGAUGACUCGCAGUGGUGCGAUUGACAUGAGCAAGAGGGAUUUUGUUGAAGAGAGGCUCCAAUUUUUCCAGAUUGGUGAGCAUACUUCUGAAGGGAAGUCAGGGGACCAGGGGGAAGGGGAUGACAGUAUGGUCACUGCCACGCCACCACCACAGUCAGGGGACACCACUGUAGAAACCAAUCUAGAGAGGAAUAUAGAGGCACCUACAGUCGAAUCCAGUCCCAGCAUCCCGACCAGCGGAGAGUAUCAGGAAGGCACAUCCAAUAGCAGCUCUCUGGAGAAAUCAUCAGCUGCCGCUAGCACCUCUAAAGUUGACCCCAAGUUGCGCACGCCUAUAAAAAUGGGAAUUUCUGCAUCUACCAUGACCAUGAAGAAAGAAGGCCCUGGAGAAGUGACAGAUAAGCUAGAAGCUGUGAUGACCAGUUGUCAGGGAUUAGAGAAGGAAACUAUACCAGUGAUUUCAAAUACAACCAAUAGCCAGAUGGGCACUAGGCCCCAAGGAAAACAUGAUUUUCAGAAAGAUAACUUUAAUAACAACAACAAUUUGGAUUCUUCCAUUAUACAGACAGAUAACAUUCUAAAUAAUGUAGUCCUGACAGAACAUUCUGCACCCACUUGUAUCACAGAGAAAGCUAAUUCACCAGGAAAAAAGACAGGGGUACUACAAGGACACUGCAUAAGAGAUAAGCACAAAGUACUUGGAGAGCAGCUGAAGACAAAGGAAUCAAUAGGGAUUAGGCAAAAGUCCAAACUUCCCAUAAAGGCCACUUCACCAAAAAAUAUCUUCCCACCAAAUCACAUGUCCAACACUAAAGUGAGUAAACUAAAGCAGACUAGUCCAUCUGAGAAAGGCAAAACCUUUACCUCUUCAUGUGUAGAUGCAAAGUCUAGAAUUCCAGUGAAAAACACAUGCAGGGAUAACACAGUUUCACUGAGAAAGACAUGUGCCAUCCAAAAGCAAGGGCAGCCAGAGAGGGCCAAGGUCAAACAGCUUCCCUCCAAGUUGCCAGUAAAGGUAAGGUCCACCUGUGUCACUACCGCCACCACCACCACCGCCACCACCACUACCACCACCACCACCACCACCACCACCACCACCACCACCACAGUUAAAGUAAGAAAAAGUCAGCUUAAGGAAGUAUGUAAACAUUCCAUUGAAUAUUUUAAGGGAAUUAGUGGUGAGACCCUAAAGCUUGUGGACCGCCUCUCUGAAGAAGACAAAAAGAUGCAGUCCGAGUUGUCCGAUGAGGAAGACAGUACCUCCAGAAACACGUCGUUGUCCGAGACUUCCCGGGGUGGCCAGCCUUCAGUUACAACGAAGUCUGCUAGAGAUAAGAAAACAGAGGCAGCAUCUUUAAAAUCAAAGAGUGAAAAGGCCGGCAGUGGGAAAAGGAGCAGUAGGAGGACUGGUCCGCAGAGUCCCUGUGAACGAACAGAUAUCAGGAUGGCAAUAGUGGCUGACCACCUGGGACUUAGUUGGACAGAAUUGGCAAGGGAACUGAAUUUUUCAGUGGAUGAAAUCAAUCAAAUACGUGUGGAAAAUCCAAAUUCUUUAAUUUCUCAGAGCUUCAUGUUAUUAAAGAAAUGGGUUACAAGAGACGGAAAAAAUGCCACAACUGAUGCCUUAACUUCAGUCUUGACAAAAAUUAAUCGGAUAGAUAUAGUGACUCUGCUUGAAGGACCAAUAUUUGAUUAUGGCAAUAUUUCAGGCACCAGAAGCUUUGCAGAUGAGAACAACGUUUUCCAUGAUCCUGUUGAUGGUUGGCAGAAUGAAACAUCCAGUGGAAGCCUAGAGUCUCCUGCUCAAGCUCGAAGAGUCACUGCUGGCUCACUAGAUCAGCUGGGUGACAGCCCUGACCAGUGUAGAGAUUCUAUCACCUCAUAUCUCAAAGGAGAGCGUGACAAAUUUGAAGCGAAUGGAAGUCAUGCGGAAGUCACCCCAGAAGCAAAGACAAAAUCUUACUUUCCAGAAUCUCAAAAUGACGCAGGGAAACAGAAUGCUAAGGAAACUCUGACACCAAAAAUACCUGGAUCUGGUCGUGUUGAAGACCCUGUGUCAACACUAGCAGCAUACCAGAAAUCUCUAGAAGAAACCAGCAAAUUUGUAAUAGAAGAGCCUAAACCCUGUGUGCCUGUCAGUAUGAAAAAGAUGAGUAGGACUUCUGCAGAUGGCAAGCCAAGGCUUAACCUUCAUGAAGAAGAGGGGUCCAGUGGGUCUGAGCAAAAGGUCAAAAGUUCGAGUGCAGCUUUUACACGGAUGACUGCCUGCUGCUAUAAGGACUUGAGAGACAGUGAUUCAAGCUCAGAGGAAGAACGGAGAGUCACUACACGAGUAACUCGCCGUCGUUUCAUUAUAAAGGGAGAGGAAGCAAAAAGCAUUCCUGGUGAAUCUGUCACAGAAGAACAGUUUACUGAUGAAGAAGGCAACCUCAUCACCAGAAAAAUCACUCGGAAAGUAAUAAGACGAAUUGUUAUCCCUCAAGAGAGAAAACAUGAUGCUGUGCAGGGAGAAGCUUAUAAGAUGAAGACAAAGAAAGAAAUUCGGCAUGUGGAGAAGAAGAACCACUCAUAACAGUAAGGGUCUUGGUGUUUUUACUGCCAGUAUUGAGAAUUUCAUGGAAGGAACAUUAGCAGGAAGUGAAAAUUCAUGGAGAAGGAUGUGUGUGUGUGUGUGUUUGCUGCUUCCACACAUUAACGGCAUGAUUUUUAUAUACAAAAUGGAAAAAGAAAAAAGAAAACCACCCACAUUUUAUGUUAGCAUGAGCCGAUUUACAGAGCAUGGAAAUUCACUUUCAUUCCCAGGACUGGCCUGUGUGCAACUAGCAAUGCAGUGUAUAUACAAGAAGCCAUGCUGUUAAAAGUUUAUCUCAAGUAAUUUGGUGUCAUUGACAAAUGGAAGAAAUUCCUGCCACCAGAGGGACAGAAGGAGACAGAAUGAUCAAAUCAUGGAGAAACACUAAAAUUACUAAAUCCACAACAGCUCGCCUUAUUUUUCUUGGACCCAAACUGUCAGGGUAUAAACACUAUUUGUUUCUUUUUUAAAACAUCUAUAGUUUUGCUGUAAAUAAUAACACUGUAUAAAUUCUAACAGAAAAAUAGAAGAAAUGUUGAUAAGGCACUGCCUCUUAGAACACAAGCAGAAUGUGACAAAUGCAUUUAACAUAAUAGGGUCUGGAAAUGACUUCGCCCUAGAGGAGGAGGGAAGGGAUUUGGGGUGGGAGGGAUCUUUACUGAUUCUUGUAUAUUAGCAAUUAUAAUGUUUGUAUAUGCAAAACUGCUAGCUUGAUUUAAAAAACAAAAACCUUUAAAAUCUGCUGCAAAUUUAAAAUAAUUCCUAAAACAAGGAAUUCUGUAGUUCUGUGAAAAAAAUUUUUUUCUUCAGAAUAUUAAUAUUUUGAUGCAUGUGUAUCACCUUAUUUUGAUUAAAUCUUUUCCAAUUUUGCAAACACUACAGUAUACUGCAACACAGAAGAUUUUAUCUGUAAACACAAAGCCCUUCAUCUAAUAUUUGUUGCUCUUGCCAAUUUUUCAAUGAAAUGACCUGAAAAGAAAAAAAAAUUAACUUAUAUACAGUAGUUGCUUUGCGGGAGGGGGGUGCUCUCAGUGCUUACAAGGGGGUAAUGCUUGCCGCUUUAGAGUGGAUGGUGCUCAAAAGGCCUCAGUCUGGGGUAUUUAAAAUGAACUGGAAAGAAAUCCUUAGCUCGUAGAAAGGCAGCACGCUGUAAAAUUAUUACUGUAUCGUGUACUGGCUAUAAGAUGUAGACACCUUUCAGUAAGCCAAUCAUUUGUAACCAUUCUAGCAGUGUCAUAUUAGGUUAAUAAGGCUGCUGUAUUUAAAAGGGCAUUUUUAUUUGGGUUUUGGUGAAAUUCUAUACUUUGUUGAUUACAUUCAUAUAAAAAAAAUCAGCAUUCAUUGACACAUCGCUCUAAUGACAUAUGAAAAAUCAUACACUGGAUGACAUAGUCAAUUAUUUAAGCAUAAAAUAAAUUGCGUUAAACUCUUCACCUA